GUAAAACAAUAAAUUGUGCUUCUUUUAAGCCACGAGGUUUGUGACUUGUUAUGAGAGCAACAAAAGGCAUGUGAGAUAGAAGAAAAUCAUCCACCAUAUAUCUAAUAAGAUCAAAUAGAAGCAGCACAAUAUUUUUUAAAUAGCUGAGAAUUUUCUGGAAUUGAGGAGAUGAAUCUUGAGAUUGAGGGAUCACAGCAGGGUCCAAACAUGAUCAAUAUAAAGUAUCUAUAACCAUAAACACUAUAGUGAAACAUCCAAGGCUGAGAUAAGUCAUAAAAGCAAACCAAACCUCAAGCAUAGGCAAGAAUAAGACAACCAGAACUCUCUUGCCAGGAAGGUUACAAAUGUCAGUGGUCAACCAAUUCUAUCAGUAUUCAAAGUUAGCCUCUAGGUGUGGCCCAUGUGCCUUUAAUCUGGACAUUCCUGGGUCCCAGCACAUGUUCAGAGAAGAAUUCACACAAAGGAGAUGGAAGGAAGCUGUUUCCACAGGGAGAGAUUUCCUUUCUACCUUGUUCUCAGUCUUCUGCUUCAAGGAAGGAGCAGUACUUUCACCAUCAAUUGCUCAGGGUUUGGCCAGCAUGGGGUGGAUCCCACUGUCCUGGGUUCAGUGUUUGACAGAAAGGCCUUCCGUCCAGCCACCAACCCCAGGGUCCCCACCCAAGUCAACAUCUCCUUUACGAUGUCGGCCAUCCUAGAUGUGGAUGAACAGCUACAGCUCUUGUCAUCAUUCCUGUGGCUGGACAUGGUCUGGGAUAACCCGUUUAUCAGCUGGAACCCAGAGGAAUGUAAGGGCAUCACUAAGAUCAGUAUGGCAAGCGAGAACCUGUGGCUCCCAGACAUUUUCAUCGUUGAGUUCGUGGAUGUGGAUAAGACCCCACAUGGCCUCACAGCAUAUGUAAGUAAUAAUGGUCGCAUCAGGUAUAAGAAACCCAUGAAGGUGACCAGCAUCUGUAGCCUGGACAUUUUCUACUUCCCUUUUGACCAGCAGAACUGCACACUCACCUUCAGGUCAUUCCUCUACACAGUGGAUAGCAUGUUGCUGGGCAUGGAGAAAGAAGUGUGGGAGAUAACAGACACAUCCCGACACAUCGUUCAGACCCAUGGAGAGUGGGAGCUCCUGAGCAUCAACAAGGCCUCCCCAAAGAUGUCUGUGGGAGGCAACCUGUAUGACCAGAUCAUGUUCUAUGUGAGCUCAGAGCUCAUGCCUCUGGCCUAA